CCUUGAUAAGUCCACCAUCAACAUCAACAGUGAGACUCAGCUGUCCUGGCUUGGCCCUCAUGACUGAUACUUAUUAUCUCUUAUCACUAAGGUAGGAGCACCCUGUGUGGCUCUGUGAUGUGGCAGACACCAGAGCAACAGUGUGAGGGGUCACCAGCACGGCCAUGGCUCGGACCCUCCAGGGACAAUUCUGUCGUCACUUGUGAGGGACAAAACGUCCGCGUUACUGAGUCCAUUUGGGAAAGAAGGACUCUAGCAGACAUGUCUCUUGAGCAGACAGCAUGUGAAGAUCUAAAAGCAUUUGAGCGACGGUUAACAGAAGUAAUUGCUCGACUGCAGCCUGCCACGACCCGUUGGAGAAUGGUACUGGCAUUUGUGGCACUCAGCACGGCUCUUGGUGCCUACCUCUGGCUCACGGAUCCUUUAACACAGGAUGCAUCGUUUCUCCAGUCUCUUCUUAAUCACCUCUUCUUCACUUUUGCUGCCUCUGCAUUAAUUCUGUUAUUCAUAAUGGGCAUUCACAAAAAAGUGGUAUCACCCUCAAUAAUUACAUCUCGAACGCGGGCAGUUCUGGUGGACUUCAAUAUGUCGUGUGAUGACACAGGGAAACUGAUCCUCAAGCCACGCCCAACAACAACCUGAGAAAACUAAAUUUUUAGGAUAUAAGGUGAUAUUAUUAUUAUAUGUAGAUACAAUACUCCAAUUGAAUAUUCAGUGCUGUAUUGCAACUAUUGAUUAGUAAGGGCUUUACUUACAUAACUUUAAACCUAAAUCAAUAAGUCGUAGAAGAAUUUAUUAAAACGGCAUCAAGGAACCAAUUACCUGUUUACUCCAUUAUUAAAUUAGCAAUGAUUUAUUGCUGAAUAAAUUGCAUUUCAGUCAAAUUUCUACUACAAUACUAAGAUGCAUUUUAUAGGCAUGAUAAUAUUGCUGUAAAAGUUAUUAUUUUUAUUGUGCAGUUACACAGUAUCAUCAAGAUUUUUAUAUCACUCAGGUACUGAAUUAUUCCACUGAAGUAGGUCAAUAAUUGCAGAUAACCAUCAAAGUAAUUCUCUUCCUUUAUUGCUCUAUUCAUUUUGAAUGGGAUCUGUAUAUUUUUAAAGAUUGCACAUUUGUUUAAUUGACAAUUAUUAGGCAGCUUUUACCUAGACUUAGUUACCUGUAAGUAACAUCAGCAUAUUGUGGACCUAGGCUCUUUAGUUUCAAUAUGUAAUUCAUUGUAGAGCAUUACAGAAUAUUAGUAAAAAGUGUAACAGGUUGUGUAUGUAAAAAAAAAAAUCCUACUUGGCCAUCCACACAUAAGAUUUAUGUGACCAUUUAAGAACCUGUAGUGGAAUACAAGGAAUUCUGUCUAUUUGUGACAGAUUUAGAUAUGUCUGCCAGGGUACUCUGAUGAUCAAAUGUUUGCAUGUCAUCACACAAAUAUUUCAGUGUGUAUAUUCUUGAUUUUAGUUUAAGGAUUUAUUUCUUGAUAGUCAAGUAUUUUACUCAAAUGUAUUCCUUGUUUUACUCUUCCCUCAUACAUUCUCUUUCUCUUUAGCCCUAAUGUGAAUGUAUUAAUUUCUUAGAUAAAUAACUAACCUGUAUUUUCAGUUAAAAUUGUGUUUAUAUAUGUAUAUACAUAUAUGACAUUGCUUAAGAAAUUGAGAAAGACAAUAAUGAAGUGAUUGUAAAUACAGUGUAUACUUAAGCAUUUUAAAGACAAUCUUAUGAUGAAAAUGUGCUGAAAAUUCGCACUGAGCGACUGUGUGUUCAAAUCCUGAUUACUCCAUUGAAUUAUCAGUAACAUAUUUGAGGACUUAUAUUACAUGGUCAUUCGUUAGUUGCUCAGAGGAGCAAUCAUAAACUCCUGGAAACAAAGUGUGCCAAGUAUUGCUAGAGAAUUCAUUAUGAUGUUUUUUCAUCAUGUACAGUAUAUCAGUUUUUCCCAUAAUUUCAUUAUCAAAAUAGUGACUUAAGUGCAUCAUAAUAGGAUGAUGUAUGUAUAAAUACAUAAUGUACAGAAAGGUGUAUUUGUACCAAUGGGGCUACUGUAUUUUACUCUUACUCAUCAUGUACAUUGUAAAUUUUAUUAUCAAUAGUGACUAGUAUCAAGAUAUCCUUGAAUGAACCUCUGAAAACUAGAA